AUGUUCGAUUACAACCUGUUUCAUUCAAUUGUCAACCCGAGCACAAAACAGAUAAAUGAGCCAUCAUUUCCCAAAUUACAUCCAACAAGAAAUGAGGAAAAUGUACGGAUGAUUAUUGUUGAUUUUUCAAAAUUUGAAAACCAUCACAAUAAUGAAAAAUUUGACCUUUGUAGAUUGGGAUUAUUAUUGAAAAAUAAAUUCUCAUUACAACAAGCUGGAAAGAAGAAGUGGCUUGAGAAUAGAGAGUUGAAAUAUACAAAGUUCUUUCCAGUAGAAUUUAUGAAUGAUAAGGAAUUUGUUCUUAAUCACAUUAAAAAGCAUGGCUAUAAAUUAAAACAUGCAUCGCAACAAUUGCAAGAAGACAGAGAUUUUGUAUUGAAAGUAGUUCAACACAACGGAUUAGAAAUACGAUUUGCAAGUGAAGAAGUUCGCAACGAUCAAGAAGUACUAUUGGCAGCUAUUAAGCAAAACUCAAAAGCUCUGACUUAUACCCCAUCCGAUAUUAGAACUGACAGAGAAUUUAUUUUGAAAGCAGUUCGAGAGAAUGGUAAUGCUCUAAAGCACGCAAGUGAUCAGCUGAAGAGGGAUAAGGAAAUUGCUUUAGCUGCAGUGAAACAACAUGGUGAAGCAUUGCAAUUUGCUUCCACAGAGGAUAAGGACAUUAUUUUUGAAGCAAUCAAACAAAACAACAAGGCAUUGCGAUGGGUAUCAAAUUCUUUACUACAAGAUUCUAGUUUCAUGUUACAAGCUCUCAAAUUAAUAUUUACAGAAUUUAAAAUGUUAGAUACUUUUAGUUAUUCAAGAAAAGAUAUCCUGAGUCGAGUGGUUCAAGAAUUUGGAUGUUUACUUGAAUUUGCGUCAGAUGAAUUGAAGAAUGAUCGAGACGUUGUAUUAAUGGCAGUCAGAAAUGAUGCCUAUGCAAUUCUUUUUGCCUCUGACUCUAUGAAGAACGAUAAGGAAAUUGCAUUGGUGGCUGUGAGUCAAGAUGGAGGUGUAUUGAAAUACGUCUCGGAGGAGUUAAAGAAUGAUAGAGAUGUUGUUUUAGCUGCUGUCACUGAGAGAAAAAGGAACUAUUGGACAUCUAAUCUAAUUUAUGCCUCUGAGGACUUGAGGAAAGAUAAAGAGAUUGUACUGGCUGCAGUAAGACAAUGGAAAGAUGCACUCCAAUAUGUAUCUCAUGAGUUGACAGAUGAUAGGCAAGUCGUGUUAGAAGCUGUGAGGCAUAAUGGUUGGUCUCUUGCCUAUGCGUCUGAGAGGUUGAGAAGUGAUCAAGAAAUUGUUUUUGAAGCCAUUAAGCAAGACAUGGAUGCUUUUAAAUGUGCUUCCAGAACACUUUUAAGCGACAAACAAUUCCUUUUACAAAUUAUCAAACUUGGUUGUAGAGAUGUUUUAAAACAUGCACCCAAAGAAUUUAUUCAAGACAAGGAGUUUUUAUUACAAGCCAUCCAAAUCAAUAGUCUUGGUAUUGUAGGAACGUAUUAUUUUCCUGACAGAGAGUUUAUUUUAGAAACAGCAAAGAAUAAUGGGUAUGCUUUACGUUAUGCAAGCAUGAUCAUGAAGAAUGAUCCAGAAAUUGCGAUAGCAGCUCUCCGAAACAACGGCUAUGUGUAUGAGUACAGCGAUGAAUUAUAUCAAGAAAGAAUGAAGCAACGUUAUCAUGAUGUUUAUUUGGGACAAUAA